AUGUGUUACAGAACAAGUCAUUUUAAUACAAUGACACUACACUGGUGGUGUGCUAGGAGUGUGUUGUGUGUGGUACUGGUCUGUGGACUUUUCACGUGGCUAAACAAUGCUCACACAAUCGAGGAAAGUGAAACCUCCGGAAGUAAUACCGUUGCCCGGGCGUUACCCGCCGUCACGUACCAGGGUCCAACGCACGAUCCCUCCCCGUCGGCCGAAACGACAGCCGCACUGAAGGAAUCGAAAGCACUGUACCGUGUGAGCUGUCCCGGGCUGAGCGAGUGUGUCCCGUUGGCCGAAUGUCCCGAGCUGCUGCUGGAAAUAUCGCGCCAAUGCUACCGGGGUGACUUUUCCCUGUCGUGCGGGGUGAACGAGUACGAACCGCACGUCUGCUGUCCCCGGGUAACGUCCCCCACGUUCAACGAUCAGCGUGCACCGACGGCGUGCGGGAAGAGCAUCGUUCAAGGCGACUUCUACAACGGGCUCGGAGCGUACCCGUUCGUGGCACGCAUCGGAUUCAAAAAUACGAAAUCGGGAACGUUUAUCUUCCCCUGCUCUGGAUCUAUCAUAUCCCGCCAGAUUGUUCUCACGUCGGCCCACUGUGCCCUGGCCAAGGCCGAUAGCCAUCGGCUCUCAUCUGUCCGCGUGGGCGAUUACGAUACGCGUACCGAUCCGGAUUGCGGAAGUACCGGAUUUUGUGCACCGGUCGCGAUCAACCAUGCCGUCAGCCAGAUCAUUGUCCAUCCGGACUACAUCGAGGGUCAGUACCAUCAUGACAUUGCGCUGCUAAUACUGCGCACGCCCAUCAACUACACCGUGGCUGCCCAACCAAUAUGUCUCCAUGCACGCAAGCAAGAUCUUACGGUCGGUCGUCGGGUGCAGAUCAUCGGCUGGGGAAAGCUUUCGACCAGUGCCACCAAAUCGGCCGAGCUGCAAAGCCUGGAGGUGCCACUGACGUCGUGGGACAAGUGCGUCCGUGCUUACGCUUCAACCGGUGCGCUACAAUCGCCGCAGUCGAUCGACGGUGAGUGGAUGUGUGCCGGCGGGGAAGGACGGGACGCAUGCCAUGGGUUCGGUGGUGCGCCGCUGAUCAUACGCGACCAGGGCCGCUAUGCGCAGAUCGGCAUAAUGUCGUUCGGAGCGGAAACAUGCGGUGCCUUGAACAUGCCGAGCGUUUACACCUCGAUUGCGCACUAUGCGCCCUGGAUUGAGGCGAACUCCCCGAAAGCAUUCGUGUGA